GACGACGCGUGGAAAAUAUACUUUGAAUACCCGGCGCGAGAAAUUGUUGACGAGUUUGCGAUGAGAUAUGGCAUCGAAUCUAUAUACCAGGCCAUGACACACUUUCACUGUUUGUCCACCAAAUACUUAUGUCAAGGCGUUCCGGCUGUGAUGAGCACAUUGUUGGCCAACAUUAACGCAUACUAUGCACAUACGGCCGCCUCAUCUGCCGUCUCUGCCAGUGAUCGCUUCGCCGCCUCUAAUUUUGGGAAAGAGAAAUUCGUUAAACUUUUGGAUCAAUUGCAUAAUUCUCUUCGAAUAGACUUAUCCAUGUAUAGGAACAACUUCCCCGCGUCAACACCUGAGAAACUACAGGAUCUAAAGUCAACCGUAGAUUUGUUGACAAGAGCUGUCGAGCCCUCCGCGUGCGAGUACUGUAGUGAAGGAUUGCGAACAUUGUUGGCCAACAUUAACGCAUACUAUGCACAUACGGCCGCCUCAUCUGCCGUCUCUGCCAGUGAUCGCUUCGCCGCCUCUAAUUUUGGGAAAGAGAAAUUCGUUAAACUUUUGGAUCAAUUGCAUAAUUCUCUUCGGAUAGACUUAUCCAUGUAUAGGAACAACUUCCCCGCUAGUUGUGGACUCUUUGAUGUCCUAGAUUUCAGUUGGCAUCUAAACAACUGUUCAUAUUGCCUACUUUCAUGUCCUCGACAGCUCGGGAGGCGCACGCUCAUGACAUCACUUCCUAACGCCCAAAGCCUGUCUUCGAUCGACUUAUCAAUUCUUAACUGCACUGAACUCUACGGAAGAGAAUUCCAAACGGAUCCCAACGAGAAGAAAGACGAUAAGGACGAACACGGGCCCAGCCUUCAGAACCUCGACUUCUGGCAUCGAUUAGUCGCUCUUAUGGUUUCCGUUAUAGAAGAGGAUAAGAAUAGCUAUUCUCCUGUUUUAAAUCAAUUUCCACAAGAGUUGAAUAUCGGGCACUUGAGUGCGGCCACGAUGUGGAGUCUCUUCGCGGUGGACAUGAAGUACGCGCUCGAAGAACACGAACAAAACAGGUUCUGCAGAAGUUCUGCUUAUAUGAACCUCCACUUCAAAGUCAAGUGGUUUUAUAACACGUAUUGUAAAGAUGUGCCACAAUUCAAAGCCACAGUUCCUGAAUAUCCCGCAUGGUUUGAACCAUUUGUGAUGCAAUGGCUCAACGAGAACGACGACGUCUCCCUUGAAUACCUAAACAGUGCCUUUUUGAGAGAUAAAAAGGAUGGGUUCCAACAAAGUUCCGAACACUCGCUCUUCUCCAACUCAGUGGUCGAUGUGUUCACUCAAUUAACCCAAUGUUUUGAUGUGAUCAGUAAACUCGAGUGUCCCGACCCUGAGAUCGUUAAACGAUAUAUGAAACGAUUCGCGAAGACUAUUGUCAAAGUUACAGUGGUCGAUGUGUUCACUCAAUUAACCCAAUGUUUUGAUGUGAUCAGUAAACUCGAGUGUCCCGACCCUGAGAUCGUUAAACGAUAUAUGAAACGAUUCGCGAAGACUAUUGUCAAAGUGUUAGUGGCGUACGCGGACAUCGGCAAGAAGGAGUUUCACAACUAUGUCGGACAAGAAAAAACUGCCUGUAUAUUAAUGAAUAAUAUUCAACAAUUGAGAGUACAAUUAGAAAAGAUGUUUGAGUCGAUGGGCGGAGAAAAACUGGAGACGGAUGCGGCAAAUAUUCUUAAAGAAUUACAACAGACUUUGAAUUCAGUUCUCGACGAUUUGAGCGCAGUAUUUGCCACGAGUACAAUUCAAUUGUAUGUAAUUUGUAUUGCAAUCACAGUUACAGUGGUCGAUGUGUUCACUCAAUUAACCCAAUGUUUUGAUGUGAUCAGUAAACUCGAGUGUCCCGACCCUGAGAUCGUUAAACGAUAUAUGAAACGAUUCGCGAAGACUAUUGUCAAAGUGUUAGUAGCGUAUGCAGACAUCGGCAAAAAGGAGUUCCACAACUAUGUCGGACAAGAAAAAACUGCCUGUAUAUUAAUGAACAAUAUUCAACAAUUGAGAGUACAAUUAGAAAAGAUGUUUGAGUCGAUGGGCGGAGAAAAACUGGAGACGGAUGCGGCAAAUAUUCUCAAAGAAUUACAACAGACUUUGAAUUCAGUUCUCGACGAUUUGAGCGCAGUAUUUGCCACGAGUUUGGAGGGAACUAUCAAACAAAGUGUACACGAACUGGGAUGUCUAUUGACUUCAAUAAAGGGUUCGUCCGGCAGUUCAAACCAAGCAAACCAAGCGCUUCGCAAUAGUGGCGAAGUGGCGGCCGAUGCCGACCAUAUACUACAUCCGCUGAUGGAUCUGUUGGACGGAAAGCUUUCAAUGUUCGCUCAAUUCUGUGAAAGAACUGUUCUGAAGAGACUCCUCAAAGAACUUUGGAAGAUAGUUAUGCAUACAUUAGAGAAGUCCAUUGUAUUGCCACCAAUGACUGAGAAGAAUGUCAUUCUCCAGAACCUGCCGAACGCCAAAAUUGAAGACGUGUCGCGACUUUUCAGAAAUCAUAAGAAUCUGAGUCCAAAACAGUGUGCAGUUCUUGACAUCGCUUUGGAGACAAUUAAGCAAUACUUUCACGCGGGAGGCAAUGGUUUGAAGAAGACAUUCCUGGAAAAGAGCAGUGAAUUACAGUCAUUGCGAUACGCGCUGUCCUUAUAUACACAAACCACUGACGCUCUAAUCAAAACUUUUGUCACCACUCAAACCAAACAAGAUUUGCCGACACAAGAAGAUGGACCGGUGGGUGAUGUGUCCAUACAAGUGGAUCUAUUCACACAUCCGGGAACGGGUGAACAUAAGAUUACUGUCAAAGUUGUGGCCUGUAAUGAGCUCAAGUGGCCGAACACCAGUAUGUUUAGGCCGUUUGUUGAGACGAUUAUGAUUGGUCCAAAUCUGAGCGAUAAGAAGAGAAAGUUUGCGACCAAAUCCAAGAAUAACAAUUGGUCCCCAAAAUACAAUGAAACCUUCCAUUUCAUAAUAGGCAACGAAGAGGAGCCGACGUCCUUCGAGCUGCACAUUGCGGUGAAAGACUACUGUUUCGCUCGAGACGACCGACUGGUUGGGGCGGCGAUCAUGCAGUUGCGUGACAUCAUAGAGCAGGGCUCGUGCGCGUGUUGGCUGCCAUUGGGCCGACGGGUGCACAUGGAUGAGACGGGUUGGACAAUAUUGCGGAUACUGUCGCAGCGAUCUAACGAUGAGGUCGCGCGAGAGUUCGUCAAACUCAAGUCAGACGUAAGAAACGACGAGAACAUCGCAGAGACAACACAAAAACAACCGCCACAACAGCCGAACCCAACCCAACAAUAACCUCAUUAUCGACUCCAGACAUGCUCUUAAUUAUCACAGAAUUUGUAUCCAUUCAACAAAUUGUGUCAUUAAUUAUUUCAAUAAU